AUGAAGGAGUUGGGGGAGCUGAUAUUUGUUGCAGCCUUUGCCAGCAUCGACCUUCUAGGUUUUCUUAGACCCACGGGUCCAACACUGCUCCCCACAUCAGCAGAUAAGGAGGGGGCUGAUGGUCUGCAGAGCACGGUGGGGCUCACACCCAGCCAGGCGGGAGGAGGAUGGCAGGGAAGCUGCCUGGACUCGCUCAUUGGCUGCACUCAGCCAAAGGCCAACGGGGACAGAGGAGGUCAUCUCCUUUCCAUUGGUGCAGCCAAGAUCCAGGACCCCUCCAUCCCCCGCCACACCCGGGCAGCCCCCUCCCGCCAGGCCUUGCUGGACCCAGCGCCUUCUCCCUGUCACCCGCUGUCGCCUCGGGCGGGGAUCGGUGCCCCGAGCGCAAAGCCUGACGCGAUCCCCCUCUCCCACCCCCACCCCCCACCUCCCACCGCCCAGGCCCUGGCGGCGAUGAGACAGAGCGGCGCCUCCCAGCCCCUGCUGAUCAACAUGUACCUGCCAGAUCCCGUCGGAGACGGUCUCUUCAAGGAAGGAAAGAGCCCGGGGUGGGGGCCGCUGAGCCCCGCGGUACAAAAAGGCAGCGGCCAGAUCCAGCUGUGGCAGUUUCUGCUGGAGCUGCUGGCUGACCGCGCGAACGCCGGCUGCAUCGCGUGGGAGGGUGGCCACGGCGAGUUCAAGCUCACGGACCCAGACGAGGUGGCGCGGCGCUGGGGCGAGCGCAAGAGCAAGCCCAACAUGAACUACGACAAGCUGAGCCGCGCGCUGCGCUACUACUACGACAAGAACAUCAUGAGCAAGGUGCACGGCAAGCGCUACGCCUACCGCUUCGACUUCCAGGGCCUGGCGCAGGCCUGCCAGCCGCCCCCCGCGCACGCUCACGCCGCCGCGGCCGCCGCGGCCGCCGCGGCCGCCGCCGCCCAGGACGGUGCGCUCUACAAGCUGCCACCCAGCCUGGCUCCACUGCCCUUCCCCGGCCUCUCCAAACUCAACCUCAUGGCCGCCUCGGCCGGCGUCGCGCCCGCCGGCUUCUCCUACUGGCCGGGCCCGGGCCCCGCCGCCGCCACCGCCGCGCUCUACCCCAGCCCCGGCUUGCAGCCCCCGUCCGGUCCCUUCAGCGCGGUGGCCGCCGCCUCGCACCUGGGGGGCCAUUACCACUAG